AUAAAUUAACAGCACUCAUUUUGCUCACUUGUGGGUACAUAUUAAUAAGCUCUCUCUCUCUCUCUUUCUUUCUCUCUCUCUCUCUCAGUUGAGCUUGUGUGUGCAUCUGUCAGUGUGAGCUGAACGAACAAAGUCAGAGCUGCUGAAAAGCAGCAGUUUCCCCUCAUGUGCAAUCUCACCCUGAGUUCCUGUCAGCUGUCAUUUGUCACGACAGUUCUUCAACAAAUAAUGUUACAUUUUGCAGAUGUUUUUUGCCCCUCUGUUUGUGUAGGUAAUUUGAGGUGCACAAUUUAGCUAGCUAGCACAUAGAACUGAAGUGUAAAGGCAGAAUGACCGUGGACACUAGAAAAAAACAAUUGGGAGUGUCAAUAUUUCUCUCAGGGGGCAUUGUGGCUUAGUGGUUAGCAUGUUUGCCUCGUACCUCUGGGGUUGGGGGUUCAAAUCCCACCUCAGGCCUGUGUUUGCAUGUUCUACCUGUGCUUUGGGGGUUUCCUCCUUAAAUCCAAAAACAUGUGCUGAUUGGCAUUUUCAAAUUGUCUGUAGUGUGUGAUUGUGUCCUGCAAUGGGUUGGCACCCCAACCAGGGUGUCUCCCGGCUUGUACUCCGAGUUCCCUGGCAUAGGCUCCAGGGUCCUCAAUGACCCUGUGUAGGAUAAGCGGUACAGAAAAUGCUUAGAUUUCUCUCAGUUGUGUCAGUUAAUUACUCUGAAAAUACUUCAUACAACUAAAAUUACAUUUAGCAUCAACUGCUAAACAAUCUUCCAUGGACUCAUAAAUUCUUGUAGUUAUAUAUAACAGGAAUAUCACAACAGUGAGUCAUUCACAAAGAAUCCUCACAUAAACAUGAGUACAGGAAACAUUACAGCCUAAACUUCUUAUAAGCUGUCAAAUACGUCACUGAAUAUUAGUGAAUGUUCUGACCUCCUCUAAGGAAGUAUCUUCAAGACAAACAAAUAUUCCAUUUCAGUACCAAGUAGCAAGCUAAUUAUUCAAUGCUGAGGGCUGUUAGACUUUGUUUCAGCUGGCAGCGUGUCUUCAUGUGGACACAAUGGCAUGAAUCUGCAUCGAUUAACACUCCUUAACACUCCUUGGGAAUGAGUCAAUCCUGAAUUGUUCAGUCAUGCAUUAUGGUAAUGUGUGUAUUCAUGCAUGUUCUUUAUCAGCUGAGCAUUGUGUAAUUAUUAGCUUCAUAGCUUCAUGAAUUGCAGGUGUGUGUGGGGGAGUGUUUGUGUUGCACUGCUACUAAAUGCAAAUUAUCACUUAGUUUUCCACAUAGUAGCCAUGCAACAGAAAAAACACGCAAUGAGGAAGAAAAAAAAGUCAGAAUCUUGUCAGCAAGAUGCUUUUGAAUAAAGUAACGAACGCUGAUUAAAGAAAGCCUUGAGGGAACUGAACGCAUCAAACCUGAAAUGAACACAAAUGCAGAAUAUAUACGUGUUGUAUAAGGAUGUAAGUGUUGGGACAGAAUCUUCAGGGCAGAACGGUGAAUCAUUGCUCUCUCACAGCAAAUCCAUCAUCAGGCCAUAUGAGCAUAGAGAUUUGCCUUAUGAAACAGACUAAAUUGAUAUAUAUAUAUCAUCCACAUCCAUGUCUUAGGAAAACACUACAUUAGGCGUAAGUUUAAACCAUGUAAAUAUGACAGGGAAUAACUCAGCACUCAGACAUUUCUAUUUGAAGAGAGCAGUACUCUAAUUAUUGCAUUUUAGGUCAAAACCCUCUGUUGGAAUGAGGGAGAAAAAAUAAUGAGAGAAAAGAAAUAAUGGUAAGACUUUACAAUGACUACAUGAAUAAUCAUGCACUAAUACCUGAAUUAGUACUUGUUUAAAUAUGAACUAGUGAUGAGUUACAGCAUAUACCAAUCAGGAACUAGUGAAGAGCUAACCUUAACCAUGACGUGAAUCUUAUGUAGUCAUCCUUGAAUAAAAAACAUCUUAAGUACAUGUCAGUACAUGUUUGUUAGUUAAUGCAUUAAUUGAUACUUAGAGGUAAACUAAAUCAAACAUGUCUAUAAGAAAGAAUAUGAAUGAAACAUUUUUAUAUAUUGUGCCAUAUGCAGCUGCGUACACAAACAUCAUUGGAUGGCAUGGGAUUACGUUCAUAAUUUACAUUGACGAUUUAAAACCGGGAGACCUGAUUGACAGACAUAGUAAAGCAGUCAAAAUAAACACAGCAGCAUCUAAGACUAAAACACUGGAAAAUAAUCUUACAGAACACUGGUUUUAAAUGUUAAUAGAUAAUGGAAUCUGAUAAAAGAAUAAAUGUUACCAGAUUCAUUUCACCCUUGUGGGCAAAGGAGCAGUGCCCCGGGAGCCCGAGCCACCCAAAGCAUGUACUAGUACUACAGUGGAAUUUGAAGAGAAAUGGACGGAGAAUGACGCAAAAAUGGUUGAGAUGAAAUUAUUGUUGUUUAUUGUUAGUGCAUCUUUCUAUGAUCAGGAGUCUGGAGUCUAUCCCUGGACAUCUAAUCUGGAUAACUAAUUAGCUAAUCUAAAAUGCCCCUAGACUGAAAUAAAUGUGUGAAUGUGUGUGCACAUAAUGCCCUGGGAUAGAUUAGUGUCCCAUUCAGGGUGUAUUCCUGCUUAAUGUCCAGGGAUAGGCUCCAGAUCCACCAUGACUCUGACCAGGAUUAAAACUGUAAUAAAAAUAUGAAUAAUAAGAAAAAUUAAGAGCAUUCCAGAAACAUAAAACAACAACAACCACAAUAAAGCAUAAGGCCCUAAAUCACUACCUGUCUCCCUGACACUUUAUUUAUUUAUUUAUUUAUUUAUUUUUAAAGGAUGCUUAAAAAAAAAAAACAAUAGUCAAGAGGUGCCAUGGGAGUAGAAGCAUCAUGUGUAUUGUAGCUUCUAAAUAUAGUAUGGUAAACAUUUAAAUUUCUAGAUUUAAUCGUUGCUCAUACUUUCAAGACUGUGUAUUGUGGGUGUUUUACAUUGUAUCUGUAUUGUGUGUUGUAUGUGUAUGUCCUGUACUUAUAUGCGUUUGAGUUAAGGUUUGGUAUUGUUAUGCUAUAAUUUAGUAUCAUCUGUUUGUCCGCUUGCCUCAGAUAUGUACCCAUUAAAACUUCUAUGCUAUUAUGUUCUGCUGUAUAUACAGUACAUAUGGAUAGAUAGAUAGAUAGAGAGAGAGAGAGAGAGAGAGAGAGAGAGAGAGAGAGAGAGAGAGAGAGAGAGAGCAGGAGACAGACAGGACAGGAUGGAUUUAUAUAAAGAGAGAGAGUCAGAGAGCACACGGUCACAUGCGCUGAGACAGAGCUGUCCAUGAGAAGCUGGCGUUGAAGCAGAAGCACCUCCGGAAGAUCCACACAGAUGGACACUUGAUUUCGAGUUUUAUUUCUUGUUUUGACACAAAGUAUUACUAUUUCAAUUCAGUUCUGAUUUGUGUGACGUGUUUGUGAAGGGGUUGUGUUGAGCAGACGUGGAGUGAUGGCAUUCAUGGUGAAACAUAUGAUAGGGGGACAGCUGAAGGAUCUCACUGGGGGUCUCAAAGAAGAGAAAGUCGAAGGGGAGAAGUCUGAGGCCACGGCUAAGGGGAUGACACAGGAGGAGUUUGAGGAGUAUCAGCAGCAGCUGGCAGAGGAGAAGCUGGAGCGAGAAGCCAGCUUUGCACAGAAGAAUGCGGAGAGAGCCACAGUCAGGAGCCACUUUAGGGAAAAAUACAGGCUGCCCAAGAGUGAGCUGGAUGAAAUACAAAUCCAGGCAGCAGGCAAGGAUGUGGAGCUGCCCUCAGAGCUGGCUAAGAUGAUCGCAGAAGACAACCAAGAAGAAGAGCACAAACAGUCUGUCCUGGGUCAACUCAGCAGCUUACAGGAUGUUGAUAUCAACCAGCUGAAGGACAAAGUGCAGGCCACAUUCGGAGACCUCAAAGAAACAGCAGAAAAAUGUGAAGUCAUGUGAUGGAGGUUCUUAUACAUAUUAAAUCUCAGGAUGAGAGAGCUAAUCUGAGAUAUUUAUAUUAGCUCAUCUAAUAAUAAUAACUUAUUUAAGCUUAAAAAGCACAUUCCUUACACAUUCCUACACAAUGUUGAUUUUAAAAAGCUUUUAGUUACAUUUUUGUAUUAAAAUAAUUAUUCACAUAUGUUGUUGU